AUGAUUCGAUGGGAGGUUCCGUGUUUUGGACAGCGCCGUGCCGAUUUGGGUGAUCAAGAUGUCUCCAGCUGUAACCUCCUUGGGGGGCCCAUCUGGGACCAUCUGGGAGGUCUCCGCUUCAAGAGAUGGAGUGGAAGCCUCUCCCACACUCGACCGGUCCAACCGCAGGCUCGGGCCUCCGGGGUUCCAUCGAGCGCGAGGAAUUGGAACGCCCUGCAGUACGCCUCGGUGGAGUUGCGACGAGACGCAGAGCUUUGCCUCGAAGCAGUUCAGCAGCAUUGGCGUGCCUUGAUCCACGUAGACGACUCCCUGUGGGCGGACCGUGACUUCAUGCUGAAGGCCAUCCGCUGUCGUUCGCAGUGCGUCCAGUUUUUAGCCUCCGAUCUCCUCGAAGCGGGGGACCUCUACCUGGAGGCAGUGCGCCGGGACGUCUCCGCGUUGGACUUCGCGGACGCCACGCGGAGGACAGGGAUGGGGGUGGGGGAGCAGCCUACGUGCAGAAAUGACGUGGCCUUAAAGUGGCUGACGCCUGAGCUCUACCAGGACCCCAAGUUCUGGCUUGCGGUGGUGACUGAGAUCCCUCAUGGCUGGCGCUUGGCCUAUGAGGAGGGCCCCAGCAGCCUCUGCGACAACGUGGAGGUGAUGCUUGAAGCGGUGAAGCGAAAUGUGGACGUCCUCGAGUAUGGCACCGACCGGGCGCGCGGGCGCGUCCCGCGCGUCGUGUACCAAUUCAUGUUCGAUCGCAGGUUUCGUUUCGAUCGCCUCAAGCAGGAGGCGGUGAAGCACAGCUGGCGUGCCGUGGCGCCGGGCGCGCCCAGGGAUGGGGUGAAAAAAACCCCGCGGAGAGAGGGAGGGAUCCGCGCGUGGUGUUCAUUGCGCGUGGCUCGCCCGCAUGCUGCGAAACUCGACGAGGCGUCCAUCUUGAAGGCGGUGGAGCAGGACUGGCGUGCCAUCUCCGUGUACUUAGACCAGCUGAGUAGCCUCGAGGAGAUCGAAGAUGUGCGCCGCCUGGUGAAGAGUAAUCCUGACAUCGUGCGGGACCCGAGGCUCUGCGGAGAGAAGAUCAUCGUGCUGCUGGCAGUGAAGCAGGCCGGCCAAGUGCUGCGGCACGCGACGGAGCACCUGCGCGACGAUGAGAGCGUGGCCUACGCCGCGGUGGCGCAGACGCUUGGAGGAACGUACGCUGCGGGGACCUGGAGGGCCCUCGAGUUCGUCUCGGCCCGGCUCAAGGGAGACGAAGACCUGGUGGACCUGGCCUUCCAACAGGAGGGCCUGGCGCUGCAACACGCGGCGCCCCAGCUGCGGGCGGCCCCGCUGGUGGUGAUGAGGGCCAUGAAACGCAAUGCUGCAGCGUUCCAUUUUGCAGAUCCGCAGCUGCACCAGGACACCGCCUUCUGGGAACGCUUGAGCCGCCACUUCCCCACGGCCUGGAUCCGCUGGAUGCGCUACGGGCGCUACGAGGAUGGUCCCAGCCCCGGCUUUGAAGCGAAGCCGAAGGCGAAGCCGAAGGCAAAGGCCAAGGCCAAAGCAGCUGCGGUGAGCGAGGAUGGCAAACGUAAAGUGAGAUUUUAG